UUCAAGAAAUAGCAAUAGCAAGUGGUGGUGGUGGCAAAAAUAUUAUUACAUUUUGUUUAUCGUUAUUACCAUAUUUAUACAUCAUUCUGGUGUCCCCAAAGAUUUCCAUUUCUUCGGUGCAUUGUGUUGUAUAUUUCCUUCAUUAAUGUUAGCAGACCGUAGUGAACCAUGUCUGACAAUAAAAACGUCGAUAACAUUCCUGAGACGGGCCAACCGGAGGCCCCUGAUAUCAAUAUAGCAGUAGCAGCCAGUGAGGUGCCCAGUGUAGCAGGAAGUGUAAAAAGUGUGAAGACACAACAGCGAGUAUCAUCUUCCUCUGAGAGACAGAUCAAGUUUGAAAGAGCUCAGAAGUGCCUAGAAAAUGCAGUACUGGUGUCAAAACGGAUCAAGGAACACCGCAAAGCUACUGCUGAACUCUUGGGAAGACCCUUUGAAGAUGAUGAUCUCGACGACUCGGUGUCUGAGAUGGCAUCCACCGUGAGUGAAAGAACUGGUUACUCCGCGGCCACCGACACAUCCACCACUCUCUCAGUUCAAGAAGCCUUAAACAUUCCAGGCAUCAGUGAAAGUUUAGCAAAUACAUUGAAACAGAAGGAAUUACUAAUGGAAAGGAUAAAGCAAUACAAGGAAAUAAGCAAAAAACCUAUGUAUAAAUCACCAGUUAGUAGAAAAGACUCAAUUUCGGAGUCCAAAUUUGAAAUCAAAAAGAGUUUAGGUACCAGUGAUGUUACGCAGCUUCACAACACAAUCAAAGAAAAGGAAAAUGCUUUGACUUUAAUCCAGGUAAAAAUGAAGUCAAUGGAAAACACCAUCCUAGAUUUACAAGAAAAGAUCAAUGAAAAAGAUCAAAUAAUUGAAGCCAAAAACAAAGCAAAUGUAAUUAUGUCAGAAAGUUUUAACAAAAAAGAAAAAGAAUUACAAGCUAUACUUGAGGACACAAGACAGCAAAUGUCAAAGAUGCAAGAAAAUUUUGUUGAAAUAGAAGGUAAAUGGAUUAAAGAAAAAAAUAAGAUGUCUGAAGAACUGAAAGAAAAGGACGAUAAAAUUAAACAUCUGGAAGAAGCUAAAGCCAUCUUAGAUAAUUCUAGAUUUGAAAUUAGUGUUGACCAGUCUAAACUCAUAGAGGAACUUGAAUCCAAAAACAAGGAAAUUUUAUCUUUAAAAGAGAAAAUUGAGCUAUUAGAACAAAUGUCCUCAGAAACGUCGUCAUCUGACCAAAUCGAAAUAGUUGAAGUAGAAAAGGCAAGUUUAGAAAUAACGGAUACAACUGAGCUUAUGAAAAAGAUAGAGUUUUUAGAAAAUUUGAAUUCACAAAUUAGGCAAACUAAUAAGGAGUUAGAAAAUAACUUGUUGAAAAAUAUUCCUGAAACAAAAUCUACUGCUACAGGUUCCCCAAGCAAAAGCACCAAAAGUCCUCUUCCCACUCGCAAAGGUGGUAGAGCUACUAAAUCUAAAUCACCUUGGAGUAACAUUUCGUCUGAAUCAGCAGCUGAAUCAAAAGAAGAUAAAAAAUCUACCAAAACUGAUCUUUCCAAGCUAGAGACAGUCAUCCAGUCGCUCAACAAAGAUAUUCUGGAGAAAGAAUAUGAAAUAACGAAAAAAGAUGCUCUGAUUGCAGAACUUCAGACUACAAAUUCUACAUUUGAAAGUACUCUAAAAGAGCUUCAAGCGACUAAAGAACAGCGAAAAGAAUCUGUGGUGACAUUUGAUGUUGGAAGCUCAACAGAUCCUACGGCGAUUGCACCUUCUAUAGAAGGCCAAAACGAAGAAAUGAGUUCUGAAGAAGUGAAGAACCUCCAAACAAAACUGAAAGAGGCAGAAGAUCAGAUUGCAAGUCUUACAAGCGAAAUUGAAGCUGCUAAUAAGAAUAUGAUUAAAGUAAAAUCAAACCACAAGUUAAAAUUAAAACAGAUGCAGAAAACUAUUGACAAUUUCAGCAAAGUAUCUGACUCAAAUGCAGAAAUAAUUAAACUUAAUGAAGAAAUGCACCAAUUGACGCAAAAAGUGGCAGAGCUAGAAGAAGAGAAGGGCAAUCUACAGUUGCAUUUGGUGGAUUAUGAUAGUGGGCGAUUGACAGAAUCUGAUGUGUACAAGAAACUUUUGGAAAUGGAAAACCUAGCUGAGACAAGAUUAAAAUCUAUCAGUGUUUUAGAAGCGCAAAAAUUCGACUUAGUCCAAGAAUUACACGUUUUACAACAAAAGAAUGCUGAAAUGGAAGACAAAUUGGAAGAUAUGUCUCAUUUGCACAGUGAACAAGUCAGCUCUGAAAUGAAAUCUGUUCAAUUGGAGGAACAAGUAGAUGAACUUACAGCUUCACGAAAAGAGUUAGAACUUGUGGUGGAAAACCUCAAACUUGACAAGGAACAUUUAAACGACACAAUUAAGUUGUUAGAAGAAGAAAAAGAGGAACUUAAUCACAAGUUGCAACAUUAUGCCCAAGAAAACAUCGAAUUAACAGACAAACUUGAGAAACUUAGUGCAGAAAAGGUCAGUUCUGCUGAAUCCAUAGAAAUCGUUGAAUCACUGACAACUCAAGAGAAGCUGGAGCUUGAGCAGUAUAAUAAGGGAUUAACAGAGAGCAAAGUAGAUCCGGAUCGCACUGACGAGUACAAAGGGACGUUAACCCCAGAAUGCAAUGAAAAUAUCGAAAAACUUGUUGAAGAAAGUGCAGAAUUAAAUAAAAAAAUUGAACUAUUUACUCAAGAAAGACAGGAGGUCAUGGAGAAGAUGGGACAUAUUAGUACAGAAAACGAAACCCUUCAAAAUACUAUAGUUGAGUUGACUGAAAAGUGUAGCUGGCUAGAGUCUAAUAUUAAUGAUUUGACAAAACAGAAAAAUGAUUUUGAGGCACUAACUGAAGAUCUCAAUCGUCAAAUCGAAGAGCUAAAACGUGAACGCGCUGAAACGAUUAAAAGCAGCGUGGAUGCCACCAAACCAUCUAGUAUCGAAGACGUUGCUGAAGCAAUAGCAUCUGACUCACAGCAUGAUGAUAAGUCAACUGGUGAUAAGGCCGUUAGUAGAACCAAAUCUGUUAAACAGUUGACAAAAGAAAUACUAAAACUUAAAAAUACGAUCAAAGAAAGAGAAGCUGAAAUAGGAGACUGCCAGAUGAAAAUAUUAUCGUUAGAAGAGCGCCAUCAGAAGCAAAAUGAACUCAUUCAGAAUAACGCUUCCUAUGAAAGUAAGAUUAAAGCUUUAAUAGAAGAAAACAAACAAUUAAGGGAAGAAUUGGGAGUCGUGAAAAAAGAUACAGAAGCUGAGCAGCAACUGAUAAAAUUACAAGAAGCUAAUAAUUUGUUGCAUUUAGAACUUCAAAACAUACAGAAAGAAUAUGCAACCGCAAUAAACACUCGCGAUGCCAGGAUAAAUGAAGUUGAGAACAUGUUACUAGAUUACGAGAAACAGAUAAUAAAUUACAGUAACUCUUUACAACAGAAAGACAAGGAAAUUUCAGAAUACAUUAAUCAGAUAACUAAAUUAAACGAUGUUUCUCAAAAAUUAAAAUCAACUGUGGAUUUACUCGAAGAAGAGAAAUCAAAAGAUCAAAAUGCCGAUUUAGUAAAGUCGUUAAAUAAACAAAUCACAGUUUUCCAGCGAAAACUAACUGAAUAUGAAGAUAAAUUGAGAAUGUUUGAAGAGGAAAAAUUACAAUUACUUAAUUUAAAAAAUACCAUGGAGGCCAAAAAUUCGGCACUCGACACAGAAUUACAAAAAAUGCAGGGUGCAUUGUCGGAAAAACAGGCCCUCAUUCAAGACUUGCAAAUUCAACAACAGAAACACGUAGAAGAAAUGAAUUCCGUUACCGAACAAGUCAAAGAACGAGAUGAAGAAAUUCAUGAAAUUAAAUUGCAGCUGAGAAAAGAAUCUAUUGAAAAUGAGAAGUUACGCAACAGUUUGUCUGAAAAAGACAACACAACGACUAACUUUACUAAAGAAUACGAUGAAAUCAACGCACAACUUGAAAAGUUAGUACAAGAAAAAGAAGAAUUGAACGAAAAGUUCUUAACAGCGGAAAAUAAAAACAAAGAACUAAUGGAGAAAUUGAAAAAGUUUGCUGUGAAUUUCAAGAAGAAGACCACAGGAUACGCUGCCUUGGAAACAGAGUUCAGCGAAAUUCAAAAACAACUUCAAGAGAAGAAUGCGAAACUAGAAGAGAUGUUAACUCAAACAGAGUCUCUUCCAUUAAUGCAAGAUAAGCUUAUGAAUGCUGAAGAUGAAUUGAUUAGAAUAAAAACUCAAAACCAAGCCUUAGAACAGCAAAACGCUAAGCAUAUUGAACAUUUGCAUGGCGAAUUAAAAAUUACUCAAGACCGUUUAACGAAUGCUGUUAAUGAAAUUUCUGGCUUGAAUCAUUCAAUUCACGCCUUGGCCAGUGAACGAGACGCAGUUUUGGAGGAAAAUGUAUCACUUAAAAAUCAAGUCGACGCCUACAAUAAAAAAAUGGUCGAAUACGAAAUAGAACAAAAAAAUAGUACUAACUUUGUUACUAAAAUCGGUAGCUUGGAAACAGAAUUAAAUCAAAAGCAAAUUCAGAUAGAAGAGUUGACAAAUGCACUUAAUCUUCAAGAGCAACAGAUUAGUCAAGUUCGGUUUGGAUAUGAAGCUAAAAUGCAAGAAAGAGACUUAUACAUAGAAAGUCUAGAUACGGAAAUAACCAAAUACAAAAGUCGCAUUUGUCGCCUCGAGGAUACUAUAUCUACCAUGGAAGAUAGGCGUCACUCGUUAGAGCGCAAAGCGGAUCAGCUUGGCAGUCAAUUAGAAGAGAAACAUAAAGCUUACACGCAAUACACUAGCCAAGAAGAUGAGCUAGUGAGUAGAUUAGCUGUCUUAAUGGAUCACGAUAGAGUUGUUGAAAAACAACUGCACGAAAUCGAAAGUGAAAAUAAAGAAUUACAAUUCAAAUUACAACAUUUAAGUGACGAAAAUUUGCGUUUGAAAACUUCCUUAUCGGACAUACAAGAGUAUUGUAAUACACUAACCGAUAAAGCUAGUAAAACUGAUUCUGCAGAGUCUGAUGCUGUAAAAUACAGAACGCAAAUCAGUGAGCUCGAAAAUCAAUUAAAACGUAUUUCUCAGGAUCACCAGACCCUGUUAGUACAAAGAAAACACGAUGUCGAAGAACUAGAAACAGAGUUUAAUACACAAAUUGAAAAUGCCAUCAAAGAGAAGAAAAUACUGAGCGAGAAAUACGAAAAAACUUGUGAGCAUGUUAAUCAAUUAGACAACAAAUUACAGGAGUACGUGAAUACUAUUCAUACGCUAAAUCUAAGCAUUGAAGAGUUAAACAAAAUAAAUCAGGAGUUAAGAGAAAAUUCAACUAGUAAAGAACAAUUUCAAGCUGCGGAUUACACAGAGCAAUAUGUCAGCGAAAUAAAUAGAUUGAACUCUGAACUUAAUAAUAAAAAUCAAGAAAUUUUUGAUCUUAACAACAAAAUACAAUCACUCCAAAUCAACAAUGCGGCAGUAGUUUACAAAUUAGAGAGUGAUAUAUCGGAAUUAAAUAUUAAAUUACAGAAUAAUUCAAUGGAACUAGACCAACUUAUAUACAAAACUCAAGCCUUAACUCAAAAUAAUGAACAUCUGCAGUCACUGCUCGUACAAAAAGAUGAAGAAAUCAAACAAAUGGCUGAGAAUAAGAAAAUGUGUUUCGAAAUAAAUGUGCCCAAAACUGAAGGAAUGGUUAUAUCCUCAACUAUUGAACCUUUGAAAGGUGAGGUCAAACCUUUCGAUGUUUCCUCGCUUGAAACUCAAAUUCUUCCUGAUGUGCCCGUAAUUGAACCUAAACCUAAAACGAAAUCUCAGAAACUUACAAAGGAUACACAAGGACAAGUUGCGCCUUUGCACACCGGUACAGGAGUAGUCAUAGAGCCGGAAAUUGUAGCUAAGAAAGCUUAUUUGUGUUACAAAGGAGAAGAAGAUAUCCCACAAGAGUCUGAUCCAUUCAAUUCUGAUGAAGGUUGGGGCCUAGGAGAAGGAGAAGAAACAGCAGAUGUGACGCCAGGCUUGUCCCACUUGCAGGAACAACUGGAGCAACUUAAGAAAGAUAAUGACACUUUAAAAACCGAGAUUCAAACAAGCAAUACUAAGCUACUUAAAGCGAUGAAAAAACUUAAAGAACUUAAAUCUGCCAACGAAAUGUUGACAAAUGAACUUAAAAUAUCUAAGCAAAUAUCUCAGUCAUCAUUUUUGGAUUCUGCUAUCGAAGAUGAAUUGAGAAUAAAUAUUCAAGAUCUUGAGAAGAAAUUAGACGAAAUUAGUACUGAAUUAAACAAAGAAAAAAGAGAGAAGGAGGCUAUUAAGAAACAGAACGAUGUUAUCCAAAACGCUAAUGAAAGGUUAAUUGAAAUGAAAGAAAAAAUGGAGAGUGAAAUAGAACUUUGGAAAUUUAAAUUUAAGGAAGCGAAUGAUAAAAUGUCAACUUUGCAGUGGGGCGCAGAUUCAAAAGAUUCCCCAGAUCACAAGCCCUUUACCGCGGCUACAGACGCUAGCCAAGUACAUCUUUAUGAUGAAAUACAAAAACUUGAAAAAGAAAAUGACGAGUUACAUUCGGUGAUUGAGCAAUUAAACAAACAAAACAAAGAAUUAAGUUUACAACAAACUAGUUUGAAUGAAGAGUUAACUAAAAAAUUGAAUGAACAGCAUUCAACAUGUAAUAAUUGUAAAACCCUUGCAAGUCAAUUAGAUGAGAUGAAAACUUCUAAUCUCGACUUAUCGCGUAACAUUGAAGAACUAAAGAAGCAAUUGGGAGAAGUUGAACUUAAAUUUAAUGAAACUAGUAAAUAUGCCGAAUCAAUUAAAUCAGAUUACGAGCAAUUGCAAUCCUCGUCAACCAACAAUCAAAAAGAGUUAACUACAAAGAAUAAUGCGUUGGAAGAAGAAGUUCUUGCCUUAAAAACUGAUAUGAGUAACGCAGUGUCCAAAUCGUCCCAGUUAAUUAUUGAACUAGAAGCAGCCAAUGCCAAACUUCUUUGGUAUAAAAAUGAACAACAGGCUAAAUUAAAGUCUGACGAGUUUGACAAUGCCGCUCUUAAUCAGAAAUGUACUAACCUUGAGCAACAAUUAUUGGCCUUACAAUCUAGUUUAGAAGAAGCCAAUGUCAAACUUGCAGAUGUAGAGACAGAAAACGGAAACCUUUUGUUAAAAAUAAAGAAUAACGAGCUAGAAAUCAAUGAGUUGAAUGAGAAACUUAUAACUCGUAGUACAGAAAAUGACCAAAACAGCGAAUACAUACAUAAAAUACAAGAAUAUGAGCGGGAAAUAAAGGAACUUCAUGAUAAGCUUCAAAAUCUUAACAGUGAAAACGAUCAGCUAUUAUCCACUGUAGCCGAGCUGCGUUCUUCCGUGUCAACGGCCGUCGAUCAGAGGGGUUUCGAGAUAGCAGAACUGUGGAAACAACACUUAGCACAAAGAGAAACUGAUUUCCAGAACAUGGAGCAUGAACUUAGAGCUCAAUUGAGUGCCUCGGAAGCCAAAUAUGAACAACUUUUAGACAAUGUGCAAUCGUCCAGUCAAGAAGAAACUAACAAAUUAGUUACUAUGGAACAAGUGAGUUCGUUGCAAAAUAAAUUAAAAGAUAAGGAAGAACAUUUAAGUAAUCUGCAAGAUAAAUAUGCCGAAGUAAUGAAUCAAUUAGAUAUGUUACGCUCGGAAAUGGAAGAUGAGAAGCACAUGCAUGAAAACAAAUUAUUAGUCCAACAAGAGGAAUACGAGAAACAGUUACAAGAAGUCAUAAGCAGAAAUCAAGAAAACGCGGACGGAUUUAAACCAGUCAUUCAAUCUCUUGAAACUGACUUGGCCGUAACUAAAGAGGCAAAUGAUGGACUAAAACAGCAGUUGUUACAAUUAACUGAAAAAUUACAGCACGCGGAGUCUACAAUUAUUGAAAUGAAUAAUCAACUGCAAUUGAAAGACAGUGAUAUAUACCAAAAAACACAUGACUACACUAUUGCAUUAUCUCAGAGAAACGAAGAAUUUGAAAACGUUAGGAAAAUAUUAGUUGAUUACGAAAAGAAAGUGGAAGACUUAACCUAUGAGAAAGAAUCCGAACUGGCAGCUCUCAGAUUAAAAAUUCAUGAUUACAAUCAAGAUUUUGAUAAAUUACGAAACGAGUCCGAAGCAGAGAAAACACAAUUAGCUCAGGCACUGAAUGAAAAAAUAGUAGAAUGUACCAAUCUAAAUAAACAGAUAGUAGAUUUAAAUAAAAUUCUAGAAGAACAUUCCACAAAGGCUUCCGAAACUCAGGAGGUUUUAGAGAAUCAAGAGUAUGAAAUAGUGACCUUAAAAGACGAAAUAGCGAGUCUUCAAGAUGCGUUACGUUCGUCGAGUAGCAAGAUAGAAAAACACGUCAGGUUUUCUUCGGAUACUAAGCCUCCGUCCGAAGGACAGGCGGCCGAGGAAGUGAGUAGUGACCUGUUAGAUGCGGUGCCUAGAGCGGAGUUGGAUCUGGCGUUGUACAUGUUGCACCAGAGAGACGUCCGUUGCGAGGAGCUGACGAUGGAACUUACGCAGUUGUUAGAAGAGAGAGAUACGCUACAACUGCGUUUGUCGGACAGCCUUCGUUCGUGUGAGGAGAUCAAAUUGAAGUGUGUGGCUGCCGGGCUGGACGUGUCGACGAGCUCAAUAGAGGCGGCCGCGGAACCGAGUGUGAGCGUGGAGAAAGAACAGCAGUUUGUGGACACGCACCGCGGCCAGUCUCGAAGCAGCAGCAUAAGUGAUCCUGAUGGAGAGAAACCAAAGUUACAAGCCAAGUUAUCGGAGCUGCGCAGCGUGAAGCACAGUCGAGACGUAGUGCUGCGGCACGAGAGCGAGGCGAGGGAGCUCGGCAUGCGGCUGCUGCACCGCGACGUUGCCAACCUUCCUCCUGAAGCCGUGCACCAGCUGACGCAGGCGCAUCACACGCUCUCUCGAGACUCCCAAAGCACUUCUACCGUCCUCCUGAAUUGGCUCCGAGGCAAGAGCACGCCAAAAGUCGUCCACAUGUGAGUCUGAUUAUGCUUCCACCGUAGGGAAAACACGGUUUUAUUUCUAAGGACACUUUAAGGACUUCCACACUUACCGGAGAUACCGAGUGACAAAGUUUAGUAAUAUAAAAAAAGUUUAAGUGCCUGACAGCUUCUCUGACAUGAUUUCAUUAGAAUUUUUAUUCUUCAGAUCAUGUUACUUUUAAUAGGUACAGAAGAUGCACUUAUGUAUUAAAAGCAAGUUGGUUCUUUGAUCAUAACAAUAGCAGGGUCAGAACAGAAUAAUGUGAUACCCCAAACAAGGGGAUGCAAAAGUUAUAUACUAUGAUCGGUUGAAUCGGUUCUAACUCAUAAGUGUGGUAUGCCCUUAAUUAUAACACCAAUUUAACCGACAGUUCAAAUAAUUGGUGUUCUUUUAUUGUAAGUACACACAUUAAGAAAAUUAUAGAUAAUUAUAUUUUCUCAAACAUGCAAUGAAAUAUUGUCUUUACGUUCCUUAAAAUGGGCUGGGAAGUAUCGCUUUUUGGGCGCAACAACUCGAGAGAACUGUAAAGGGAUUUCAGGCCUAGGCCUGCAAAG